AAGUGUCAGCUGAGCGCUAGCAAUCGUAGCAACCAAACUAAUACUAAUUUUACCGUUUUUCUACGAUUUUAAUUGUCACACAUUAAAUAGCGCGUAAUUAGAGUAAUAUAAUUAAACCCGUGAACGUUUUCUCCAAACCAUGAUCGUGCAACGAGUUUUCCAGCGAUUACACGGGCAACUAUUGAUCUGCAAUACCUACAGCUCUCUAUCCUGCUUCAGCCAAAUACGUUUGAAGCACAGCAAGAAUGAUCUGGAACAGCACAAAGCCAAGGUGAUGGCGCGGGGGCUGCCUGAGAAGAAGGCUCUGCCGGGCGUGAAGAGCAUCAUUCUGGUGGCCUCGGGGAAGGGUGGUGUUGGGAAGACUACCACUGCUGUGAAUCUCGCGUGCGCCAUGAAAGUGAUAGAGCCGGACAAGGACAUAGGGCUCCUGGACGCGGACGUGUUCGGCCCCUCGGUGCCGCUCAUGAUGAACAUCAGCGGCGAGCCCAUGCUGAACGACGACCAUCUCAUCGAGCCGCUGCUCAACUACGGCGUCAAAUGCAUGUCAAUGGGGCUACUAGUUGCCGGUGAGAACGCGGUAGUGUGGCGCGGGCUGAUGGUGAUGCAGGCCUUAGAACGUCUCACUCGGCACGUGGCGUGGGGCCCGCUCGACGUGCUAGUGGUCGACACCCCGCCCGGCACUGGGGACACGCACCUGUCGCUGGCACAGAACCUGCCCAUUGAUGGAGCCCUAAUAGUAACCACACCGCAGUCCGCCGCCCUCCAAGUAACAAAACGCGGCGUGAACAUGCUAGAAAAGCUCAAAGUACCCAUCAUAGGAAUGGUCGAGAACAUGUCCCACGCGAUAUGCUCCAAAUGCGGCGAGAGAAACUACAUAUUCGGCAACGAAACUAAGAAAACAGCUCAGGACAUGGGCCUUGAGAUAAUCGAAAGUUUCGAAGUCGAUCAGAACAUGUCAGAGUGUAUCAAUAGUGGUAAACCCGCUAUAUACGCACUGCCGGAUAGCAUACAUGCAGAGAAGUAUAGGCGGCUAGCGAAUAAGGUGUUUAAAUAUGUGGAAACUAGGAAGGAGAAAGCUGAGGCUGAGCAGUAGUUUUAAUAAAGUUGUUUAUGUU